CCGCGGCCAGCCGGGCGCUGCAGCAGUGCGGUCAGCUUCAGAAGCUCAUCGACAUCUCCAUCGGCAGCCUGCGCGGGCUGCGCACCAAGUGCGCGGUGUCCAACGACCUCACCCAGCAGGAGAUCCGGACCCUGGAGGCGAGGCUGGUGCGAUAUAUCUGUAAGCAGCAGCAGUGUAAGCUUAGUGUGGCCCCCGGCGACAGGACCCCAGAGCUCAACAGCUACCCACGCUUCAGCAACUGGCUGGACACCUUCAGCGUCAGGCCAGAGGUGGCGCAGGAGAUCCUCCGCGAGCUCACGGGAGAUCAGCUGGAUGCCCUGCUGGAAAUGGACGAGGCCAAGGUGAAGGAGACGCUGCAGCGCUGUGGGGCCAGCGCCGAGGAGUGUGGCCGCCUGCAGCAAGCCCUCACCUGCCUGCGGAAGGUGACGGGCCUAGGAGGGGAGCACAAAGAGGACUCUGGCUGGAGCUCUUCAGAUGCUCGUCGGGAAAGUGGCUCAGGGCCGUCCGUGGACACCCUGUCACCAGCUAGCCUGCCCUGGCCCCCAGGGAGCUCCCUGCUGGGCAGAGUGGGCGGCGGUGCCCAGGGCCCCCGCUCUGUCUCUGUGUCGGCUCUGCCCGCCUCGGACUCCCUCGCUCCCGGCCUCAGCGAGGGCCUCUCAGACACCUGUAUCCCGCUGCACACCAGCGGCCGGCUGACCCCCCGCGCCCUGCACAGCUUCAUCACCCCUCCAGCCACGCCUCAGCUGCGCCGCCACGCCAAGCUGAAGCCGCCAAGGACGCCCCCCCCACCCAGUCGCAAGGUCUUCCAGCUGCUGCCCAGCUUCCCCACACUCACUCGGAGCAAGUCGCAUGAGUCACAGCUGGGAAACCGCAUCGACGAGGUCUCCUCAGUGAGGUUUGAUCUCUCCCAUGGAUCCCCACAGAUGGUACGAAGGGACAUUGGGCUAUCGGUGACACACAGGUUCUCCACCAAGUCCUGGCUGUCGCAGGUCUGCCACGUGUGCCAGAAGAGCAUGAUGUUCGGAGUGAAGUGCAAACACUGCAGGUUGAAAUGUCACAACAAGUGUACAAAGGAAGCCCCCGCCUGCAGAAUCUCCUUCCUUCCAAUAACUAGGCUGCGGAGGACAGAAUCUGUUCCCUCGGACAUCAACAACCCCGUGGACAGAGCCGCUGAACCCCAUUUUGGAACCCUUCCCAAGGCACUGACAAAGAAGGAGCACCCUCCGGCCAUGAACCACCUGGACUCCAGCAGCAACCCGUCGUCCACCACGUCCUCCACGCCCUCUUCGCCAGCACCCUUCCCAACAUCGUCCAACCCGUCCAGUGCCACCACACCCCCCAACCCCUCACCUGGCCAGCGGGACAGCAGGUUCAACUUCCCAGCUGCCUACUUCAUUCAUCAUAGACAGCAGUUUAUCUUCCCAGACAUUUCGGCCUUUCCACAGGCAGCCCCGCUCCCUGAUGCCACCGACAGUACCUGCCACCAUCAGUUCAGCCCGGGGAGAAGGCUGAGGCCCCGGAAGGGUGGGCCUGGUCCCCAGCAUCCAGCCUGUCUCUACCACAGGCCUGAUGACCAGCCGAAAGCCGAGGUGUUGGAGGCUCACAAGGUGGAGGCCGAGGAGCCAGAGGCUGGCAAGUCCGAGGCAGAAGAUGACGAGGAUGAGGUGGACGACUUACCAAGCUCCCGCCGGCCCUGGCGGGGCCCCAUCUCCCGCAAGGCCAGCCAGACCAGUGUGUACCUGCAAGAGUGGGACAUCCCCUUCGAGCAGGUGGAGCUGGGAGAGCUCAUCGGGCAGGGCCGCUGGGGCCGGGUGCACCGUGGCCGCUGGCACGGCGAGGUGGCCAUUCGCCUGCUGGAGAUGGACGGCCACAACCAGGACCACCUGAAGCUGUUCAAGAAGGAGGUGAUGAACUACAGGCAGACACGGCACGAGAACGUGGUGCUGUUCAUGGGCGCCUGCAUGAAUCCUCCCCACCUGGCCAUCAUCACCAGCUUCUGCAAGGGGCGGACGUUGCACUCGUUCGUGAGGGACCCCAAGACAUCGCUGGACAUCAACAAGACAAGGCAGAUCGCUCAGGAGAUCAUCAAGGGCAUGGGCUACCUGCAUGCCAAGGGCAUUGUGCACAAAGAUCUCAAAUCGAAGAAUGUCUUUUACGACAAUGGCAAAGUGGUCAUCACAGACUUCGGGCUAUUUGGGAUCUCGGGUGUGGUCCGAGAGGAGAGGCGUGAGAACCAGCUGAAGCUGUCCCAUGACUGGCUGUGCUACCUGGCCCCUGAGAUCGUGCGCGAGAUGACCCCUGGGAAGGAUGAGGACCAGCUUCCCUUCUCCAAAGCUGCGGACGUCUAUGCAUUUGGGACUGUGUGGUAUGAGCUACAAGCAAGAGACUGGCCCUUUAAGCACCAGCCUGCAGAGGCCUUGAUCUGGCAGAUUGGAAGCGGAGAAGGAAUGAAGCGGGUCCUGGGCUCCGUCAGCCUGGGGAAGGAAGUCAGCGAGAUCCUGUCUGCCUGCUGGGCUUUCAGUCUGCAGGAGAGACCCAGCUUCAGCCUGCUGAUGGACAUGCUGGAGAAGCUGCCCAAGCUGAACCGGCGGCUCUCGCACCCUGGACACUUCUGGAAGUCAGCUGACAUUAACAGCAGCAAAGUUGUACCCCGCUUUGAGAGGUUCGGCCUUGGUGCCCUGGAGUCCAGUAACCCAAAGAUGUAGCCAGCC